AUGAAAACUCUGGAAGGAGAGGAUCUCUGUUUUCCACAAAUCAACAACUCUUGCAGAAAGCCAUUGAAACGUCAUACUGAGAACACUUUUCUUUAUAUCCUGGUCUCAACUAUUUCUCUGAUAACUGUGACCUUCAACCUGCUGGUCAUCAUUGCAGUCUCCCACUUCAGGAAGCUCCAAACCCCCACCAACCUGAUCCUCCUCUCACUGGCUGUCUCAGACUUUCUUGUUGGACUCCUGUUGAUGCCGAUUCAAAUCACAAAGAUCGCAGGCUGCUGGCUUUUAGGAAGCUUUGGCUGUGGAAUGUUUAAUUUCACUUCAUAUAUCAUUACAUCUGCCUCUGUAGGAAACAUGGUGCUAAUAUCAGUGGACCGAUACGUGGCCAUCUGUCAGCCUUUGUCUUAUUCAAUGAAAAUCACUAGAAGAAGGGUUCAAGUCUGUAUUUGUCUGUGUUGGGGAUCCUCUGUGUUCUAUAAUAGUAUGAUACUACAGGAUAACAUCAAAUAUCCAGACAAAUAUCAUUCCUGCUAUGGAGAAUGUAUAUUUUUCAUUGCUUUAUUGCCAGGAGUCUUUGAUGUCAUUUUGACAUUUGUAGGUCCUAUUACCAUCAUCAUAGUUCUGUAUAUAAGAGUUUUUGUUGUUGCUGUUUCUCAGGCUCGGUCCGUUAGGUCUCAUAUUGCAGCUGUCACUAUAAAAGGUUCGGUUCGUAUAACGGCUAAAAAGUCUGAAAGAAAAGCAGCUACAGCUCUAGGCGUGGUUGUUAUUGUGUUUCUCUUAUGUUUCUGUCCUUUUUUUUGCUACUCUCUUAUUGGUCAAAAUGUUGAGACUGAUGCAGAGAUUUCAUUUGGAGUCUGGUUGCUAGAUAUUAACUCCUGUUUAAACCCAAUAAUCUAUGCUCUAUUUUACCCCUGGUUUAGGAAGUCUGUUAAACUAAUUUUAACUCUUCAGAUACUGCAACCUAACUCCUGCCAUGCAAACCCAUAG